AUUUCAGUACCAAGAGCGGUAACCCCGAGCUACACUCGGGCUUACCAUGCGGCGUUACUCAGGGGAGUCCCUGCAGCACUUACCUUGUCCUUCGCUCCCGCGAUGUUUCCCCUGCAGCGUCCCCGGCCAUCUCCUCCGGCCAAUGCCAGCAUCCGACCUCUGUGUUCCGGUCCCUGUGACGCCGGGACGUACGGGCACCGGAACCGGCAGUAAAUUUUAAAUUUUUAAAAGGUCUUUUAAAAAUGAUUAUUUUGUCCCGAGUGCUUUGUCCAGCGCCCUGCCUGCAUUUUGACUGUUCUUUCUG